AUGGAUGACCCCAGUGGGCAGUUCUCGGUCUCCAGCCCGGCCAUUGACGAGAGUAAACUCGGCGGAGAGAACGGAGAGGUCUAUCUAUUCCAAUGGCUGUCGUCCGUUGAACAGUUUAUCAAGUCUGCAUCCGCAGAGGACCUCAAAACCGUUCAACGCGACCUCGAGGCGAGUCUAUUGAAUGCCGUUACCAAGGGCGAUCCGUACCCGCAGCCCGGACGCGCCAUUCGAAAUGCUGCCUCAAGCUGCUUCGUGCUACUGUACACCCUCGGAGAGUCGAAGACCACAUUCGACACCUUGAUCUCAUGCCUGAAAGUCGUCGGUGACUUCAAAGCGCCGGCGGACAAGGAUCCGUAUAAGAUAGCGGCACUCUACUGCGUCGGAGAGAUAAUGGCAAAUCUGGGUAGCCAGGUCAUGUCGUUCAUGGUGGAGAUUGCGACCGUCACGUUGAAGUUGUACAAGUCUUCGUCCAACAUCUUACUACGCUACCAUGCCCUCGUCGCCCUCCGCAAGUCUUUGAGUACCGCGCGGCGCGCGGCCACCGAUAGCGUAUUCAAAGACAUCGUGAAGAAUAUGAGAAGUGGGCUGCUCGACAAGGCUCUUCCUAUUCGACGCGCUGCAGCCGACGUUCUAUCAACUGUCUAUCCCUUGAGUGGCUCAGAGUGGACCGCAUCCGAGAUCGAGCAGGUCGUCGCUCUCUGUGUACGCAGUCUCGAAGGCGCCGACCAAAUAACCCGCCAAUCCCUCGCAGCCCUCGUCGGCAAAGUCCUUGCAUCCAGCCAGAGCGAAGUCGCGGUUGCACCACCGGAACCUGCUAAGAAGGGAAAGAAGCCUGAAGACGAGGACGAGGAUCCUGCGCCAGUAUCUGCUAUCCCGGGCGAGACUAAGACGAUCAUGACUCUACCAGAGAUGUUCCGCCACCUCUCUAUGCCCUUCAACAGGCUACAGGCGACGCACAAGUCUCGCGUCGGCCUGUUCCAGUUCUACACUUCGCUCUUAUCUACUCUCGGCCCGAGCUACGUAGAGUCACAUUACGGCGAGAUCAUUCAUCACCUCAUGCAUGACAUCGUCAACAACGCGCGCAAUACGGGCACUCGCUUUGAGAUCUUGCUCGUGAGGAAGCUCGUCGGUAUACUCCUGCGUGACCUCGUCGGUGUGCGCAUGCUGGGAGAGCAAGCGCAGAUUGCUGCCAUUCAAGAGCUAUCGAGCGCGUACCUCAAGCGAUGGCCAGCGUUUAUGCCCAGUCAAACUGCACCCAGUCCUUUCGUGCUUGCCGUCGUUCUCAAAGAGGUUGCAGGGUUACUGCAACAGCUGGGGAAUGCUCCCCCGCCAGUGCAGGACGCGCUGAAUGAACCCCUCGUCACCCUACUUGCACACCCCAACCACACUGUGCGCGUACAUGCCAGCGGCGCCUUGCGUGUUUUCUGCUACUCCUCUCCCCUGCGUCUACCCAAGAUCAUGAUCACGGUGAUGGAACAUCUACAGCGCGACGUGAACCUCCUCACCUCACCCAACGCAUCCUCCGACAUCUCUACACGCGCUCUCGGGCACGCCUACGGGCUUGCUGCUCUUGUGACCAUCAUCCCCUCGAAGCCCCUCUACGUCUCGUACGACAUCAGCUCGAAGGUCUUGGACAUGGCUAUUCAAUUGCUUAAGCGUGCCGGAGAGCACGAUGUACGCCUCGCACAAGUGGAAGUCGAGACGGCUUGGACAUGCAUCGCGUCACUCAUGACCCUCGGCCCAAACUUCGUGCGCGCACAUCUACCUCAGCUACUGGUACUCUGGCGCAAUGCGCUGCCUAAGCCGACAAACAAGGACACCUCUACGGAUGGAGGACGUACGAUCUCAGAGUGGUCUUUCCUCUUACACGUUCGAGAGACCGCCCUCGGCGCUAUCUACUGCUUCCUGCAAUACAACUCACCCUCUCUCGUGACUCUGGACGUAUCCCGCCGCCUCGCUGUCAUGCUCAGCAACGCCUUCCUCUUCAUCAACGCGUUCUCAACGCAGCAGCUCGAGGAACCCGUCGGUCUGAGUCCGGAGGCGGCUCAAAGCUGGACCGUCUUGCGCUCGCGCGAAUCAUUGUUGAGACGCCGCAUCUUCCAAUGCUUCUCUCUGUUGGGUGUAGCCAGUGUACCCGACAGCACGCAAAUCACUCUCAUGCAGUCCGUGAUCUCCCUUGUCGCGAGCCCGGAAGGCUUUGCGGGAUCAUCCGUUCAGGCCGCAAUAGCCUCGUCUUCGGGCGCUUUCACCUCUCUGUGGCAGACAUUCGACAACUACGCGUAUGGUGUAUCAUCCGUGGAUCUGGCAGACGCUAAUCUGGACUCCGAUGCUGCCGAAGAGACGCCCACUGGAGAGGACCGGCUCAACAGGGACUCCAUCGACGCUGCCAUAGAUGAUUUGCUCCAUCGUCCCAUUCUGCGCUCCUGCGAACACGAUCCGUUAUCAGUCUGUCAGGCUUACGAUGCCAACGCUGCUUCUCCGUGGAGCGAGGCGGCAACAGCAGCGACCCAAGCUGUUGACGCGGGUCUCAACCUCUUCGCAUCUCUGCUUCCCUUGCAGAACGGCACUGAUACCACGCGCACGCUGACGAUUCUCUCGGACGCCGUGCGCUCGCCCAAGUUCGAGCGGAAUGUCGGGAGAAAGGCGGCGGCUCGCGUGAAUGCCACCCUCGCCAUUGUUCUGACAUUGCGACAAGCCAUGAAGGCACCUACACGUCAAACUCGAGAUGUGUUUGCGAGUAGCGGGGUAUCAAACGUGCUCUCCUCAUUCCUAAAGGACUCGCUCGUCGACGGAGACGAGGUUCUUCGCACUGCUAGCAGCGAAGCGCUUGGGCGCUUAGCGGGGCUAGCCGACAGCCAACAGUUCUUGGCCUCCCUGAUGAAGAUGCUCGUCGACCAAGUCGUCAACAACCGCGAUCCGCAGGGCCGCGCAGGCUGCUGUCUGGCACUGGGUGCCAUCUACGAUCACGUCGGAAGUCUGGCUGCGGGCCCGCUACUCAAGACCUCCGUGAACAUCCUCAUGUCCUUGAGCAAAGACGCGCAUCCUCUCGUUCACUUCUGGGCUUUACAUUCCCUCUCGCGCGUCGUGAAUGCUGCCAGUUUGGCUUAUGCUCCUUAUGUUCCGAGCACGCUGGGCAUGUUGUUCAAGGUGUAUGUGUCAUCUACGCACGAGCUCGAGGGCGGCAGCAUCGCGACCGUCAACGCGUCUGGAGACCUACCCGCUAUGCAGGCAGCCUGCAAGAUCAUCGAUGCGGUCAUCACAGUUCUCGGUCCUGAUAUCCAGGACAGCUGGCGUACUCGCACGCUAGUGCUCGACCUUCUUCGCCGGUUGAUGGCGGAAGAUGAUGAAGGCAUACGCGUCGAGUCCAUCCGCUGCAUCCAGCACUUCCUCCUCUUCGCGCCCGAUCAUGUCAACGUACCCGACCUUAUCACGCAGUUCCGCCUGCACUUGACUUCCUUCCGUCGCCCUCUGAAGCUCGCUUCCAUUCAUGCGUUGUAUCAACUGGUCCAGCGCGACGCGUUACUUGUGUCGAAACUUGGCGGCGACGCGCUAGUCGAAGAGCUCUUCGCUAUGCUCGACGGCGACCCUUCCAUCGAUGGCGUGCGGAAGAUCAUCACAAGCUGGCUACAGCAAACCGUCGUCUACAACCCUUCGGCUUGGAUCGAUCUUUGUCAGAAGAUCAUGUCGCGAACCACUGCUUCCCAGCAGGUAGCCGAGGCAUCAAAGGGCGGCCCGUCAUUCGAUGAUGAAGGUGCUUCGCUCAGCGUCGGGGACAGUAGCUCGUCAGAUUCUGGCCGGCCUACGUCGCGUUGGCGUACCCAGCUUUUCGCUCUGCAGUGCCUCCACGAACUUUGUACUAUUGUAGCGCGAUCCGGAAGACAAGAACAGCUCGAUCUCGCGUAUGCGCGCAAACUCGGUGUUCCAACGGCGGGUCUUCUCGUCUCUCGAGUGUCGGAUCUGAUCAAGAUGGCUUUCACGGCGUCUACUGCGUAUGUGACGGACAUUCGACUUGAGGGUCUCAUCGUCUUGCGCGAUGUUAUUGAGACCUUUGCGAAGACACCGGAUCCGGACUACGAAGAUGCGCUUCUCAUGGAACAGUAUCAAGCCCCUGUCACUGCCGCUCUGACACCGGCGUUUACUGCGGACUCGACGCCCGAGAUCUUGGCGUCAGCCGUUGGCGCUUGUGCCGUCUUCGUCGGGAGUGGUAUCGUACGGGACGUCAAUAGGAUGGGUCGUAUCCUACGACUGUUGACUUCAGCUCUGGAGCAAUGCAGCGGUACUGCAAUGCUGUCGUUGGGUGAAGCUGGCGAGGGUAGUCCCAAUGCUUCGGCAAUGUUGAGGAUUGCGACUCUUUCUGCAUGGGCUCGACUUGCCUCCGCAAGUAUCGAGAGACCGUACCUCGCAGUAGUCAUUCAGCCGCACCGGACUGCGUUGGCCAAUCUGUGGAUUGCUGCUUUGCGCGACUACGCAAGCAUUCGAGCUGGCUCUGAGGAGCUGCAAGACAGUUCUUCCGCAUCCCUCGAUGUCGCAUACGCCAGCCUCGGACGGGAUAUCUUGUUACCGUACUAUUCAAGAUCAUGGCCUGUCGUCCUGAAGGCCGUCACUACGUUCAUGGAAUCUGACGACCCCGCCAUCCGCGCAGCAAUGGACGGGUUGGACAGUCCAGCAUCACUCCCGACCACUGCAUCCAGUCGGACUGAGCCCAGCGCUAUGUUCUUCAUCGUCUUCGGUCUGGUGUACGAAACUUUGUCCGGUUCCUCCUCUUCGCAAGCGCAGUCUGACGACCGCAACGAGAACUCUCAAGUUGCUUUGAGAGCUAUGCGCUGUUUGAUCCGGACAGAAUAUGCCGGAAAGGCGCUUUUAGAGCCGACCAUCUUCGACGAGCUCAUGAACCUAUGGUACCGUAUGGCAAUGACAGAGCCGCCUUCGGUACAGGUUCACUUGGUGGAUACAGUUCGAGCUUUUGCCUCUAGUCAUGCCGGUCCGUUAAACGUUGCCACUAGCAUAUCCCCGCAGAUGCACUGUUUACGGAUCUGCGCUUAUAUCCUCAAGGGCGCGAUGCCCGGCAGCAAGGUCGCAUCUGGCCAAAUACCCGGUAACCCUAUUGAACGUAUCGAGCUCAUCAAGGCAGGGUUCGAGGCCUUCAUGACGAUAGGAUCAUCAAUGGGCCCCGCGGUUGACGAGGUUCGAGCCGUUGCAAUCAGCCUCUAUAGCGAUCUUCUUAGAAAUGAAGCCUCAGAGGUCGAUUACGCGGGACCUACCUUGCCGGCGCUGAAGUCUCUACUAACGUUGCCGCCCAACGAGCCGGCAUCGGGCAUGUACACCCGCGUUGUUCAUGGCCUACUAUCAGCGUGUCUGAUAAAUGUCGACGACAUGAAGGGACGCCAGGGCAAUAUUUCGUCGAACAAGAUCAAGAACAACUUCCUGGCGGCAGUGCUUAUUCUCACUGGACUCCCCUCAGGCGUCAAGCUCGGGGAACCCGUGAUCGGACAUUUCUGCGCCCAGCUGUCGGAGAAGCUUGGCGAAGCUGGAGAGAUGACGCUCACUGCGGCUCAUUGUGCGAAGACACUCUUUGCCACUGCUGCCUCCGGUAGCAUUAUCCUGCGCCAGUGCGUGCGUAGCCUCAUGCCCGGUAUGGUUGAAUACCUCGCUCGUGUAGCUGCAUAUGGCAACGACGCGAAGACGAUACAGGCGCAUGCUGUUGCCGUCGGGGAGGUACUCAAAGCCUUCAACUCGCUUUUCACGACCCUGUCCGAAGACUUCCGUACCCGCCUACUUGGCGUAUUACUUCCAACGCUUACAACGCUGCUGGAGCCCGCUGCAUCAUCUCCAUCCGCUCUGCAUACUCAAGCUAUCGCACAAUUACUCGUGUUCGCGUCUGCAUCCCCGACGGCAUUCAAAGAGGCAUCCACGAAGCUGGAUGCAGACACGCGGGAUCGUAUGCAAGGCGCUGUGCGCGAGGCUCUAUCCAGUCACGUCCCCACUACGACGACAUCCACCGCAAAGCCCCAGAUCUCCCUACGCGCAUUCUAG